AUGCUUAUUUGGAUAUGUACAACGUGUUUGGUUAUACUUUUCUUCUGCACCAUUCUAUACUUGUGGAACCACCGUGAUACUCCGCCAGGACCUUAUGGGCUUCCACUGGUUGGUUAUUUACCAUUCAUCGAUACAACCAAACCAUACGAAACAUUUUCAAGCCUUGCCAGAAAGUAUGGCUCAAUCUACGGACUUAGAAUGGGGCAGGUAUACGCUGUGGUGCUUUCAGAUCCUGGUCUAAUCCGUAAAGUGUUAGCAAAGGAAGAAUCUACCGGAAGGGCACCAUUAUUUAUCACACAUGGAAUUAUGGGUGGGCACGGAAUCAUCUGCGCUCAGGGUGAACUAUGGCGGGAUCAGCGCAGGUUAACAAUUGAAUGGCUUCGCCGUUUGGGUAUGGUCAAAUUCGGUCCAGGACGUGUUAAUCUCGAACAAAAAAUAUGCUUAGGUCUGAACACUCUUCGGAAGGAUAUUUGGGCAUCCGCAAAGGAUGGGCAUAGUUUCGAUCCAUCAGCCGACAUUCAUCAUGCUCUCGGAAAUCUCAUGAACGAUCUGGUGUUCGGACUGCAGUAUGAAAAAAAAGAUGCAACAUGGCAAUUCUUACAACAUCUACAAGAAGAAGGUGUGAAACACAUUGGCGUGUCAAUGGCAGUAAACUUUUUGCCAUUUCUCAGAUUUUUACCUUCCACUCGUCGUAUCAUCUCAUUCCUUUUGGAUGGUAAAGCAAAAACUCACCUUAUUUACGAUGAAAUAAUAGAGAACGAACGUAAAGCACUGGCUGCUUCAACUGUUACUACCAUGGAAAAUGGAUGCAUUCUAAGAAGCUUUAUAAAAGAGGCUUCAGAACGACAAAAAGCUGGCAGAAGUGAUGCCUUACAUUGUACGGACACACAACUUCGUCAUUUGAUGGCAGAUCUUUUUGGAGCUGGAAUUGAUACAACGUUUACCACCAUACGCUGGGCGUUGCUGUACGUGACUCUGCAUCCAAAAGUUCAACGUCGGCUGAGAGAAGAGAUUGAACAAACCGUGGCUAUGAACGAAGCACCGACUCUCGAUGACAUAGAAUUGUUGCCCUACUUACGCGCUACCAUUGCAGAAGUACAACGUAUACGCACCGUCGUGCCGAUUGGAAUCCCACACGGAAUCACGAAGGAAAUAACAAUAGAUGGUUUUCGAAUCCCUGCAAAUACUAUGAUUUUGCCGCUGUUGUGGGCAGUUCAUAUGGAUCCGGUUGCCUUUCCUGAACCGGACACGUUUAAACCGGAAAGAUUUCUCGACGAAGAAGGAAAGUUUAUUGUGCCUGGUAGUUUUCUUCCAUUCCAAUGCGGAAAACGCAUGUGCCUUGGAGACGAAUUAGCCCGAUGCAUUCUUCACUUAUAUAUGGCUAAUUUACUGUUUUGUUGCGACUGGUUCGAUAUUGACGAAGAAGAUGCGCGUUUAAUUGACAUUACUGGCCAAUGUGGUAUUACAUUGAGUCCACCUGCUUACCGUAUGGUUUUUCAUAAAAUAAAACACUAA